GCGACGGAUCUCUUUGCUCACCGAACCAGCACCUGCCGCGACCGAAUCGGGGACAGAUCGGGCCAUCGGGGGGGAUUCGGGUAGGCGAAGGAGCUCACGCCGCCAUGGACGAGGAGGAGCACGAGGUGUACGGCCAGGAGAUCCCGGAGGAGGGCGACAUGGACGGCGCCGACGUCGAUAUGGCCGCCGGCGGGGACGACGCGGCGAAGCUGCAGGAGCUCGACGAGAUGAAGCGCAGGUUGAAGGAGAUGGAGGAGGAGGCUGCCGCCCUCCGCGAUAUGCAGGCCAAGGUCGCCAAGGAGAUGCAAGGAGGUGACCCUAGUGCAUCUACAGCUGAGGCGAAGGAGCAGGUGGAUGCCCGCUCUGUGUAUGUUGGAAAUGUUGAUUAUGCGUGUACACCAGAAGAAGUGCAGCAGCACUUUCAAGCUUGUGGAACUGUCAAUCGGGUGACAAUUUUGACUGACAAGUUUGGGCAGCCAAAAGGUUUUGCUUAUGUUGAAUUUCUGGAACAAGAAGCUGUCCAGGAGGCUCUUAAUUUGAAUGAAUCAGAGUUGCAUGGUCGCCAGAUUAAGGUUGCACUGAAGAGGACUAAUGUCCCUGGGAUGAAGCAGCGUCCACCACGCGGGUAUAACCCCUACCACGGCUACCCAUAUAGAUCAUACGGAGCACCGUACUUCCCCCCAUAUGGUUAUGGGAGGGCUCCAAGAUUCCGCCGGCCAAUGCGCUACAGACCUUACUUCUGAAGUACGGGGGUCAUGAAGUUAAAUGCAAAUCCAGCCAUAGACAGUCCCGGGAAUAAUUCUACUCUACCUGCUGCUGUUUCAUUUGCACUGUUUCAUAGUAGACAUUGUUGCUGCCUGAAUUCUCCUGUCCCAGUUGUCUUUUGUGACCUCUGUUUAAGUGCGACUUGCAAUAUCGGCUUGCUGUGAUACGAGCCGUAGUAACAAACAGCACUGUAAUACUGAUUCAUGCGCGUUUCCGGAGUCGUUUCAGUAUUCUAUUUGGCCUUUUUAGGGGCCGUUUCUUAA